GAGUCUUGAGUGUUCAAGUGUUAGUCUUUGCCAGCACCCAAGUGUCAUGUCAGUGGCGUUUAUUUUUAUUUGGGCGAAACUUGUUGCUUUGCCCGUUGACACAAUAAUUUGAGAAUAAUUUUGUUAUUUUUGAAUUCUUAGAAAACUCAAAGGUAUUGUUUGGAGAAAAAUGUUUCGCAAUCGAACAGAUCGUAUUUUAGAUUUAAUUAAUCUUCAUCGAAGACUUGAAAAAUCAAACAUGGAGUCCCUGCUGGACAUUCCUACUACGUCAAUAAGUGAAGACGUUGAAAAGAUAAGGUCAUUUUUGAAAAGUGAAAUUGAAUCUUUCUCCACUUAUAUAAUAAAUGGCUGCCUUGACCUCACCGGAACAAUUGACAUGCGAUUUGCCGAAAAAGUAAUCGAAUUCGAUCCAAAUUUUUUCGGUGAUUUAUUAGGAAAAGCUAUUUCGAAGUCCUAUUCAAAAAUUGGGUUUGAUCCAUUUCUAAAAAUUAUUGCUGAAAUUAAAGAUUUCACAGCUGCCCUCGAUGGUGUCGAAGCUUUAUUCAAACAAAUAAUUAUUGAUGGUGAAAAACAUCGAACCGAAGCAUGUGAACUUACAAAAAAAUUGGAAGAUAUUACUUCGGGGGAAGAUUUUAGUGAACUAUCAGCAGAACAAAUGUUGCGAGCUACAAACAUGAUAGAGCGUUUGAAACCUUAUGCAAGACCUAUUGUUAGAAAAAUAUUUAAUUUUGAGGGCAUGCCAUUGAAAGAGGGUGAAGAAAAUGGAGUAAGCCAUCCGAUAUUUUCGAGAACUGGAAGCUGGGCUGAACAUGCUUUAGUAAUGUCUUUAGUAGCGAAUAGUUUUGAAGACAAACAGAACAAAUAUAAGAAAGCAUUGAAAAAGUAAAAAAAUAAAAGCAUAUAUGUUAAAUAGUGAAUAGUAAACAAGUGAGUUAUUAACAAAGUGGAGAGUACAAUGAGUCAAAGAUAAUUGAAUGAUUUUUAUAAAUUACCAAAAAAUCUUAAGAUCCCCUUUUAUUUUUAUAAAAAUGUUAUUAUCAAUUAAUAAAAAAAUAAAAGAUAUUUUGUACACAUCAUUGGAAAAAUGAUUAACUUUAUAGUUAUUAUUCCAAUUUCUUUUCAAAAAAAGAUUUUAUUGCAAAAAUGUUGUCGGAAAACAGUUCAAAUAAACAAAUAAAAUUAAACUUCA